GAGACGGACUGCGGCCGGCGCGGCGGCGGCGGCUCCGGUGCGGUGCGGCGGCCUCUCAGUCAGGUGUCAGCCGCGGUGAGGAGUGUUGUGUCCGACGGGCCCGCGAGGACAGCGGACAGCGGACAGCCAGGUCGUGCAGCGGACACUCGCAGGUCCGGGCGCCACCGACGCGACGGAACUGACACGGACGGAGGGACACGCAGACCGCAGCAGACGACCGAGAUGGACCGCGACCGUUCGUUCAAGGCAGCGUGGGACGUGUUCGGGGCUACUGCGCCGACCGGCCGCGCCGCGGCGCCACCGGCGCGACACCAGGCAGCUGGCGCGGCGCGCUUCAAGCCGCCGAAAGACGCCGAGAAGCACGCGUCCAGCGAUAGCGCCAUCUCUGGUUCCAGCGACGAGGAGGAGCGCGAGAUCUGCCGCAUCUUCGACUACCUGAACGAGGAGGAUAAGAGCCGCGGCAAGAGCCGGCGCGGCUCGGCCGCCGGCGCGCGGCAGAAGGACAAGGCGGCCGGCGGCGAGAUCCAGCACAUCGAGCGGCACCUCUCCAUGAAGAAGACGCUGCGCAAGAAGAUGAUGCGCGAUCUGAAGCAGGCGUUCGUCGACGACCCCAACGAGUUCCGCCAGGACCCGACGUCGAUCCCAGACGAGCAGCGCAACCUCAUCAACAUCCAGAACAUGCACAUCUCGCCGGACAAAGCCAGCGGCGAGAACAACUUCUUGGGCAUGCUGAAGGACGAGCCCGACUCAGGCCACGGGUCGCCCACGCGCGACCACGAGCGCCAGCAGCGACCCAAGGAGAAACUCAGCCUCUGGAAGCGGCUCACGGGCGGCGGCAAAAAGGCAAAGCGCUGAGCGAGACUCCGCCACGAGACGGCGACAUUGAGCAUGUAAAUAUGUAUAUCUCGUAUAGGAGGCGCGCGAGUGCCUGAUGGACCGAGAGUGCCAUGGAACGUGAUAGUCGCUGUGAUAGUGGGAGUGCGGCACGUCGAAUGACACUAUACCGGGGACUCCUACACACGGAAUCAGCGCACAGACCCUCGGAAAGAGAUUCUUCCACCGAACCGUGCAGGGCUGACUACGAAGACUGACCCAAAGUGGCAAUCCUGUAAGACCACAUAGACUGGCCCAAACUCCAAAGUGACAAUUCUGUAAGCGAGCUCAUCGGCUUGCACACGACAGAAAGACUACGAGAAACAUUAAACAUGUCACCAGAAGAGGCAAUAGCCAAUAUCCAUCAACUAUCGCAGGCACUUCGGGGCCCCCAUAUUGGAGCUAGGCCAUCAGUGAGAUCAAGAAGGACCUCUGCAAUGAGUGGUCUGGACAUGGAUCCCAGCGAGUGUACCAACAUGAGGCUGGGCUGCCAGAACCCCUUGACGAUCCCGUACAGACCGCUGCGGUGACCCCGAGUGUGAUUAUGUCACUGAGAAGUAAGGUAGUCGCUGGCAAUAUCUGUAUCACUGAAAUGUCAAAGUUGUUGGUCUCAAUGGCAGACAUACUCCCUUGGCGACAACAGCAAACUCGUAUUUGAUUCGCUGGGCAUCUGACCAGUUGACUGACAUGCCGUCCAUCCGCAGUUGGCCGUCCGUUUGAAUCCGUCCUAACUAUUGCUGUAGCGUGCCAGGCGCCUUACAGCUGUUUGGCACCACGCAUCCAAUAGAUGCUGCAACUCUACCUGUUGUACAGAUAACAUUAUCAUGGGCUAUUUGUAUCUGACGUAAAGGACUCCUAUGUACUGUUAAUUGUGUAUCGUUUGUGCUCGUUCCUAGCGGUUCCGCGAGGUUGUCUAAGCGGAUAGGGUUUGUGCAGGAUGUAAAAAUAAACUGUAACGAGUACGAAUGUAUGCUAGGCGUCAGCGUGGAACAAUAAGACAUGACAUUUUGUACACCUAUCGUACCCCUGGGUCUAAUACAGUGAGACUAUUUGUAGAA